CUCUCGAUUUGUUGAUUUCCGAAAGUUUUGCUUUCGAUUUCCGUCAUCGCGAGACUCGUUAGCGAAAACAAACAAACCGCGGCUAAAAAUAAAAAGAAAGGGUGGCUGGAGCUAGAGCGGCACAGCACAAUCGGCAUCCUCUCAGCCUCACCGCCAAUCAAGUCUAUUCGAGAAAAACCUCUUAUUUUUUCUAUCUAUUUGUCCAUUUUUUCAAGUAUAUACGCAAAAACUCGUUUUUGCUCUGGAAGUUUUCAUUCCUUAUAAAGUAAUUGCAAUUAUCUUACACACCGCUUCAUCCAAACGUAAUUUUAUAGUAAAAACUUGACUUUAUUUUAAUCCAACAUAGUCUGUAACGGUUGAUGGACGGCUGGCGAUGGCGACGACCUGGCUGACGUGGCUGCUGCUCCUAUCAACGGCCGGAAUCGUGGCGGGGAUCGACUGCUUCAAGUGCGUGUCGGUGGCGGGCAACAACCCCGAGUGCGACGACCCCUUCCACAACAACUACUCCACCUCGAUCCUCGAGUCGCCGUGCCUGGGCGGCCGCAAGGGCAGGAACGGCCUCUUCCCCGCCACCGCCUGCGUCAAACUCGCCGGCGUCUACGACGACAACGGGGUGCAGGUGACGGUGCGGGGGUGCGCCCUGGACAGCGGCACCCUCACCACGGACACUGAGAUCAUCCGCAUGUCCCACUGCGGCGGCUUCUACCUCGACGACAGGUACAUCCGCGGCUGUCUGCAGAGCUGCUCGGACGUGGACGCGUGCAACUCGGCGCCCCCUGUCCACGGGCCCGCCCCCCUCGCCCUCCUCUUGUGGGGGGCGUGGCUGGCUAGGGCCGCCUGCUGAGGUCCUGCUUGUCGUCCUUGCGCGGCACCAACAGCACCGACCCGUCGGCCGCCUGCUGCAGGCUGAACUCGUACGGCGAGUACGGACGACCCUCCGCGUCCCGCAGCGCCUGCGAAUCAAAAUCAUUUAAAUAAAACUCUCUCUUUGCAUAAAGCGCGCCUUUU